GCACAAAACUCUCAAAAAGAGUUGGAAGAGGAAUCCCUACACUUUCCCCACCACCUCAUGAUUCCCUUCAUCUCCCCAAAACUUAUUCCAUUCUCAACUUUAUGCUCCUUUUUCUCUUUUCAAACUCCUGAAUGCAUCGUUGCCCUUCGAACUUGGCUCACCCAUUCAUGACGGAAAAGUUCUACUGCAUGACCAUGAGGAUGAACAUCGACUGCGGCGGUUGCUAUCGCAAAAUCCGGCGAGCCCUUCUUAGGAUGCACGAACUGGAGAGUCAUUUGAUUGAAAAGAAGCAGAACAGGGUAAGCGUUUGCGGAGCAUUCAGCCCCCAAGAUGUUGCGAUAAAGAUACGAAAGAUGACGAACAGACGCGUAGAAAUCCUGGAGAUCAAGGAAUUAGAACUGAGCGGUGGUGCUGAAGAGAACAAAGAUAACCAAAGCAGUAAUACGCAGCAGAGCAACGGUGCGAACAACAGUUAGAGGUCUUCGCUGCCUUGUAAUUGUCACACCACUAACAAAUUACAAGCUUUGAAAAUACUUGUGUGUUCUUUUUUGCAUGUUGUAACAUACACCGAGUGAAGUGACAAAAAGAGAUCAAAGGUAGUGCUAACAUCUUUUGCUUGUAACUCUAUUUUAAUCUCGGGUAAAUUUCACA